GGCAGUGGAACGUUGUAUGCCGCUCUCUUUCAAUCAAUUGUAGAGCAAUACAAACACGAACACACACAGACACCCGCACACCCACAUACACACACAGAAAAAAAAACCGAGGCCCACAUGCACGUAUAUAUAUAUCGAACAUCGUCUCAUUACUAACCGUUUUUUUUUUGUUGUUUCUGUUGCAGUUUGCAGUGUUGGUUCCUUCUUAAAGAAUGGACGCUUCGCACAACACUGCAGCGCCAUCAGCUGCAAUCCCCCUUGCCGCAGACGGCAGCAUCAGCAACAGCAUCUUACGCACGCCCGUUGCGGGUACCGGUACUACAGUACUUCUUCGCGAGGAGGGCGGUACCACCUUCAUGCCAGUGCACCACCAGUCGAGCAUCACACUGCGAGAUCUGGCCGAAGAAUUCAACAUUAGCAGCGUGUUGGAGUGCGACGCAGAGGGCAAUGUGCAGCCUCGCGCUGUAGCCUUUGACUCUCCCUCGGACAUCCUGCACAGCGGACGCCACUACAUAGCGCGACGAGAUGCGAAGGCCGAAGCAGGGAACUCGUACGUCACCUUCAAAGGUAAGAUUUGCGUGAAGGAGUACGAGUUGGAGCAUCCGACGCCUCCCGCUACUCUUCCAGGAAAGUCGGUGCGUAUCGUCGAAGCUGGCGAAAACGAAGGCGCGCCUGCUGAGACAAAACGUCGAAACCGAGUUGUCACGCCUUUUCUAGAUAAGCGCCGUCAUCAAGAAGCGCUGGACAGGCACGAGGAAUACUUUGCUGCUCACGCGGCGGAAGGCAGCACUCCCAGACUGCAGCGAAUGCGGGAUGAAGAAGAAGCAACAACCAUUUCUCGCGCACUGGCUCUCUCGUUCGAGCGGAAGCGUCCCCGGGAGGACUCGGCGUCAAAGACGGAGGAGCAUCGCCAAGCUAGCUCGCGCGCAGACGGAGACGGUCGCGAAAACGCAAAAUCUUGUCAUAGCGGUUCUGAUAGAACGGACGAUGUGUUGAGUUCGCCGUCAUCUAUGCCGAGAAAUGGCGGCGCCCUACUUGACCGUACCAACUCCUUUGGUGCUUCACCUACCGCUGUUUCGAAGACGCACGUUGCACCGCUGGUCAAUGAAUUGCACACUGAUGAGACGUCAGAUCUGCCGUCAUCUGCGGUACCAGCGUCAUCGAGCACAACCACUGCUGCACCUCAGUCGCAGAAACAGUCUUUACGUUUUAUUCCUUUCACAGAGAUUGCCGAUGACGGAACGGAGGCGUACGUGACGCUCGAGAAUCUGCAGCAGCUGUGCAACGACCUGACGAUGCAGGAGGCGGAGCUUCAAAAGAAGCAUCGCACAGCCACAGAUAUUUUAGAAGGUGCCCGCCGUGUCUUGUUUCUCAACGACGGGAACGAAUGA